AUGGUUCGAGUGCUCUCAGCUCGAUUCAUACAGAGUCUUAUAUUCAAUCGACGAAAGAGAGACACCACACCAACUAACAAUACCACGGACAACAAAAUUAGAAAUCUGCUAAUGAUCGAACUAGAAAUCACAUAUCCAUCGACGUGCGGUGGGGUGACAGCAUGUAAUAAUCAUUAUAUUACUGGUAUACGUAGAUCGAUUCGAUCAGGCCCAUCAGAGGUUGCAUUUCGGCUGUCAUUCACUAAUGGUAUAAAAUUGGAUGUUCGAGUUGCUUUUGCAUCAUUCAACGAGACCAUUGUCACUAGUACAACAACUACAACGACAGAAACCACAUCGACCAAUAGAGCGACAACAACCACUGUCACGACAGCAACGACAGAAACAACAACAACUACUGCGACGACAGCAACGACAGAAACAACAACAACAACAGGUCAGUUGUAA